CAAUUUUUCCAAUAAAAUUAUAAUGAAAAUUAAGAAUUUCAGGCACAAUUUUUAUCAAUGUAUUUCCAAGAAAGCCACUAACUCAAUUUGCAAGCAAAAAAUCAAUCAUGUGCACAUAGAGAUUAUAUAUUUUUUAUGAAUCUCUCUGUAAUCUCCAUAUGAACUAACACAGUACUUAAAUUCCCUAUAAUUAGCAAUGAUUUUUUUUAAAAUGUUAAAAUAUUCAUUGGAUUGGCAUGUAUUGCAAGUGCAAUACCAAAUUAAGUAUAAAUAUACCAACAUAAUAACACAUACUUAUAUAUAUAUAUAUAUAUAUAUAUUUGUGUGUGUGUGUGUGUACCUUAAACUAUUGAGAAUUGUUUAGUAACUCCCAGGCUGCAGUUUCUCAUUCAAAACCACCAGUGCCGACAGAGAGAUGGGCAGAGUUGGCCAAACCAUGGGUUUUGAUGCCUACCGACAGCUGCCUCAGAAGUCGCGGAGGCAGCAGCAGCAGUGGGGAGUGGAGAUCCCAUUUGUCAUGGCUCCUCGAAGAUAGUGUCCUUUCAAACCCAGCUGCAUCCCUCUUGGCUUCCUCACGCCCAUGCCUGUUGUGGAGCUCUCGCCAUGUGGUACGCAGCUUGUCACCUCCACGCACUGCGAGCUUUCCCAAUCUUUGUCACCCACAGUUUAAAUCCGCAUGCACUGCGUCCAUUUACUAGAGUUUAACUGCAGUGCAUUGAUCAUGGUGUCUGCACACGAAGAGUUUGAGAUCUGGCAGUGUGUGGGUUGAUGUUGCUGUUGCUGUUGUUGUAGUUGAGGCUCUGAGCUGGAGUAGAUGCGUCUGGAGCCUGAAGCUAGAGACGAUCAAUGGAGAGAUUGUUAUUUAUUUCUUAAGUUUAGGCGAGGUUUGAGACUGUUUGGAUUCUUUGAAAAGAUGAAUGGCUGCGUAGCGUGUUGAAAGGGAGAUGAGAUUGGAGAACGUGUCGAUGUAGCAGUGGAAUUGAUGUGUGGAGUUCUCGCCGGAAGCACUGAUUGGAAGAACUUUCAAUUGCCGUCGGUGAGGCCAUCUGUAGGAUCCUCUUAGGAGCUUGAAACAAGCAACAUGACGAGCACUGGGCGUCUUCUCGGCCUCCAGCUUCCCCCAGUUCCUUCACAUCUAUCUGAUUUCAUGCCAUCUUGUGUCCGAUCCGCCCAAAAGAGUGACGCGAAGGAAUGCUCCUCGAUAACUCCAGUGCCAGAUUUGCCACUUCAAGGCCCACACGUGGUAUCAGCUUCCAAUCCGUUGUGUACGAAAUUGUGCCCAAGUGACAACAGAAAUGCUGAUAUGAACAGCCUUGAGCGACUUCAAGCUACCAAAAACCCUUCAUCCUUCACAUUGAGCUGCACCGACGACGUGAUUGAAGUGAUCAAGCCAACAGAGGAAAAGGACAAGACGGCAGUAGAAUCCCCAUCGGCGUCUGGGUGGGGUGUUCCAUAUUUCAAGCGUGGGGGUAAUUCCGAAGUGGAUUCCAAAGCUUCAACCACUAAAACUUCCCCUGAAUCACACCCCACGACACCGCCUGAGGAGGAUGGUGCAGUGACUGUAAGUAAAGAGACGGGAGAGAACAGCCAUUCUCACUGCCGUGGGCUCCGAUCGAAACUCAGCAGCAUGCUUUCAUUGGAAAAGAGAACCAGCCUGACGGGCUUACCUCUGGUGACCGGACAUUCCAGCCAGUAUGUGAUGGAGAUGUCAGGAUUUCAGUCGACCUCGUUCAAUCGACGAACCCAAGGGGUGGAAAGCAAGAUAAGCUCUGCAAUUCAGAAGGAGUCUUUUGCCCGGAUGUUCGAUUUAUAUGACGAAAGGAACUUCUCUUCCCAUCCUGGCUAUGGCGCGACAGGAGGGUAUAAGCUCGGUAGGGCAACUGAUGCAGCAGUGGAUGCGGGGGUAAAAACUAAUCCCCCCUGGAUCGACAAGGACAAAGUAAAUGACGCAUGGGGUACAGAGCCGUGGCAUUCCGACCAGCGGAACAUCCUCAUGAAGACUUUGCACAUCAUGCGCUGCGACAUUGAAUCUCUCAAGAUGAUGCUCAGAUCCAUUGACCUUCCUGCAGCCAGGGGGAGGCCCCACGAUGCACAUCAAUUCGACACCCUAGCCCAUGCGCAAUGCCAUCCAGUGAUGAUGAGGAGCAGUGUUGCAAUGUCCGAAACACAAGAAACUUCUUGCAAACCACUCGAUGAUGUGCAAGUUCAGAAUCGCAUUGAACCUGUCGUAGAGGACAAAACAUCAGCUCAGGCUGCAGAAAAAGUUGCGAGUUCAAAGGCUGGCAAGGAUCUUUGUGUGUCAGAGUUGAAUCCACCUGAGAAAGGAGAGAGUGACGAGCCGUUGAGUACGUGGAGUGGUGGGUGUCCCAAAAAGAGGAAACAGUGGUGGAGAGAACUGUUGGCCGCAUUCGGAUUGACAGUGUGGGUUCUCACUGGAGCAGUCCUGGUUGCCAAGGCUAUUGGUGUUCCGAACCUGGGAGUUAGCAACAACCUGGCUUAUAGCGGUUGCUGGGGCCGUUCUGAUGACGAGGAAAGGGCCAAAACUCCAGGUCAAGGAGCGAAUGGAGUAGUGGAGCUCCGCUUGUGCACCUUUGAUAAUGUGAUCAAGAAGAGACCAACGCUUGUCAUGUUCUACGCACCAUGGUGUCCUCAUUGCCAUCGCUUGCGUCCCAUGUGGUCCCAGCUUGCUGGUGUGUUGAACGAUCAAGGAUAUGAUGUUCAGCUGGCAGUAGUGGAUGCUACAAAGUACACCAGGCUAGCUGAUAAAUUUGAGGUGCCAGGAUUCCCUACACUAAUCAUGUUCAUGAAUGGAGUGCCUGUUGGAAGACACCAAGGAGCACGCGACAUGGACACUGUUCUAUCCUUCAUCAACGACCAUAAGUAGGUCAAUAUUCCGUUAAGUCUAAGUGGUUGCAGCAACCUAGAGUUCGUUGAAUGAGAUUGCAUGAAUGGACACCGUCGUUCAGUAGCCCCCUUAAGAAUCAUUUCCACUCGCUAUGAGUCGUUGUUGACCAGCUCAUUUCGUAACUAAGUCACUGACGUCAUUUCGACAAGUUCAGUUCACUUGAAUUGAUAGAGUACUCCAGAACUCUUUCACAUGAUGGCUCUAUCGCAUGACGACUUCGCAUGCGUCCAGGAUCUAAAAACUUGGUCGAAAUGAAUUAUCCUGCUGUCAUUGCAACAGGAGGUCCGGAGAAGGCAAGAAUUUCCAGUAGUACACUAUAUUUGGCUUUAUGACGUGACUCUAAAUCUUAUGGGUGAAAUGAUAUUAAUUGCGCGAGUUUGAGUUAAACAUUCACACAAAUCCCCUUGAUUUUAAAAGCAUAUCAUUUUGGAGA